AUGGAAACGGUUGUUGCUACGGAUGAGAGUUAUGAUAGUUUUGACGAUCAGAACUAUGAUGAUCGACCAACUGAGAGAUGGGCCCCCUUAGGUGCAUCUGUCAGUCCUGCUCCAUCUACAGUGGAAGGCGGACAUUGCAUUGAUGAAUCUGAACAGUUGAGGCAACUUGAAGAACAACAGGAACAGCUUAAUUCCUACCUGCAAGCAUUGACCACUCAUUUUGCACAGGUGCAAUUCAGAUUAAAGCAAACUGUCAAUGCACCUCCAGAGGAAAAAGAGGUUCUGCUAAAAGAACUUGAACAACUGGCAUUCCAAGGAGUUCCUGAUGUCAUUGGUUGUAUUUUACCCAAUAAUGAAACGGAUGACAUAUCGAACAAUAGUGAACAAGGGGCCAAGUUGUCUGUUCAGCGUGAAAAACAGAAAGAAUUAAUCAGCAAACUGAAAACUCAACUGGAAGAUCUGGAGAUGUAUGCAUAUGAGAAUGGAGAGGCUGGUCUUCCCACUGGCCAGAUGAUGGAGAAACAACGAGUUAUUAUUGACCAGUUGAAAACUAAGCUUGAUCUUAACCUGGAAAAUUUUGACCACUUAAGUACAGAACAAUUAAAAGAUGUUGUGGACAGAGCAAUAGGGCAGAUUGUUAAUCCGGCUAAAGUGAAAGGCAAACUAGUUGAACAAUUAAAAACACAAAUCACAGAUUUAGAAAGGUUUAUUCAAUUUUUACAAGGUGAAGCCAGCAGUCCAGGACCCCUCGGCAAAGAACGUUGUACAUGUUCAGUUCAUGGAAAGAAUUUCUCAUCAAUAGACUCCAAAGGCAGUAUUCCUUCAUCACACAAGUUUGGCCUUUCUGAAAAUGCCUCAAAUGAGAAUUUACGGCAAACUACUUUAACUUUAAUGAAGAAAGCUUUGGCCUUGUUGCAAGUGUUUGCCAUCACUCAAUUUGGAUGUGGAGGACAGGAAUUUCAAAGAAAUUUGCUGAAACGAACAGCCAAGGCAAAUCAUUGGGGGGAUCUACGUGCUCGGCUUGAGCUAAGCAUUGAUAAAGUGUUACAAGUGGCCGCAGAACAGCAAACCUCCAAUCCCAACAGCAGUGAUUUUGAUAGUGAAAGUGAAGAGGACCAGAUUCCCCCCAGCAGCCAAGCACUGACCCAAGUGGUACGGAAAGAGUUGGCCAUGUCUGUCCGGGACUUGAUGCAGCACGGUUUAGUUGAGCUGGGUCAAAGUAAUAGUCUUGUAACGUGGGGCUGUUUCCCCAAUAGAUCAGCAGGAACCACCAAAUUGAUGCAUGCCUGGGAUCUUCUUCUUAAAUAUUAUGAAAUGAAGCAUGGGAAAGAAUAUAAUGAAUCUCCAGCUCGUAAAUUAUCCCAAUCAUUCCACUUAGAUAUUGUUGGAGGCAAACCAAUCACAGCCAAACAGACUCUCUUAGGAGCCAUUGACACAGUUAUUCAGUCUCACACUCCCCUAAAAAGGACAGAAGACUCCCAUUUUAAGGCUUUCAUAUGUUUGGCACUAAAUGAAAAGAAACUUGUAACUUGGCUGAAGCUGUUAUUUCGAACUCAAUUUCUUGUGGAUUAUUAUUACCAAGAUUGGAGUUAUGUCGCAAGAACAGGUUUUGAUGAUGCCCUCAAAUCCCUGGAACGGUUAAAUGUUAUCAACUUCAAAUUGCCUGCUGACAUCGCUGUGCGUCCAUUCAGCAAAAUAAAAGAUGCUUUCUAA